AUGGCCUCCCACGUUGAGAUCGCUUCGUCGUUUAUAGAGGGAGCCCCGCCAGGCGAGCUCAGAGAUGUUGUUACUGAUAUCAAAGCGUUGACCUCGUCCGGCUCUAACAUCAUCCCCUCACUCGAGCCGGCAUUCAGAAAAUACAACGAGUCCCAGCUGACAACGGUGAAGCUGGCCGGAAGCAAUCGAGAGGUCAUUGUCAGUGCGUACAACAAGCUUGAAGACGGUCGAUACUUUGACGUAGAGAGCCAGACAUCCUUCGAGUUUGACCAUGUUUCACAAACAGCCUCCGCUCCCCGGUCAUACACUCUAGAAUCUCAGAACUCAGAACUCAUAAAAUCAUAUCUCAAACUCCUCUCUUCGCAUUCUCGCGAACAUUAUCCAAACAGCUCAUACGGCGUCUACCCUUCCGAGGACGACUCGUCAAUUGCUAUCCUUUUGGUUGCGAAUAAAUACUCUCCCAACAACUUCUGGAACGGGAGGUACCGUGCGGUGUACAAUCUAAAAGUCCCCUCGCCGACCACGAUCACCGGCACAAUUCAUGUCGACGUGCACUACUAUGAGGACGGCAAUGUCUCCUUAAACAACAAAAAACCAGUCUCCAUCUCCAUACCAUCGGCAUCUCCAGCCGACACUGUUUUCAAACGCAUUGUCACCGCAGAGCGAGAGCACCAGGAGGAGUUGAAUGAUGCAUUUAGCCGGCUAUCCGAAGGAGCGUUCAAAGGACUACGUCGACAGCUGCCGAUUACACGGCAGAAGGUUGAAUGGGAGAAUAUCAGUGGGUACAGGCUUGGAAAGGAUAUAUCCGGUGGUACGAGAUAUUGA